ACUGAAAAAGGAAACAUGCGCAUUUCAGAGCUAGGAGCUGUCCGAGUGCUGAAAUUUAUAGGCUGGGUAAGAUCACGUCUCCGUAUCUUUCUAUAGCCCUCAUUCCAGCACAGGAUCUCAGUAAUUUUUCCCUCUUUCCCCCAAACACUCCAACCCACAGAGACCCUUUUUCUCCCUCAUUUACAACUUCUUUUAAAAAGAGAGCAUUCCCUAAAGAAAGGGGCAUUGCUGAAUAGAAAAGAUAUAAAACAAAAGCCACAGCAGCCUGACUUCCUGCAUGGCAUUGUCACCAACCCCCUUUGCAUGGUGAUGCGAUUAAGGUAGCAGCAUUUUUAUUAUUCAGGAAAAGCAGCUAGGGGAUUCAUCAGUUCUGAGGCUUUGUCUCUCCUGAGCUAACUGAUGGUCCCGAGCCUCGGUUUGACCUGACCAUGAUGCCCAGAACUGGCACUUUUUGUUUUUUCUCAGCAAACUGUACAACCCCAAAUCUCUUUUUGAUUUUCAAGGAAACUAGAUCCCUGCCAAAUUUUGAAUCUGGACAAUAAAUAGACACUUUGUCCUAGUCUGCUUUCUGGAAUCAUUUCGGGAUAUUUUCUACAAGGAUCACAGACACAGGAAUGAACCGGCAGCUAGUGAACAUUUUGACAGCCUUGUUUGCAUUUUUCUUAGGGACAAACCUCGUCAGGGAAGCUUUCUGCAAAGACCAUGACUCCAGGUCUGGAAAACAUCCUUCGCAGACCCUAUCUCCUUCAGAUUUCUUGGAUAAAUUAAUGGGAAGGACAUCAGGAUAUGAUGCAAGAAUCAGGCCAAAUUUUAAAGGUCCUCCAGUAAACGUUACUUGCAAUAUUUUUAUCAACAGUUUUGGAUCAGUCACAGAAACCACCAUGGACUAUCGGGUGAAUAUUUUUCUGAGACAACAGUGGAAUGAUUCACGGCUGGCAUACAGUGAGUACCCGGAUGAUUCCCUGGAUUUGGAUCCAUCUAUGUUGGAUUCCAUUUGGAAACCAGAUUUAUUCUUUGCCAAUGAGAAAGGAGCCAAUUUCCAUGAUGUCACCACUGACAAUAAAUUGCUGCGGAUUUCCAAAAAUGGCAAAGUGCUCUACAGUAUCAGGCUCACCUUGACUUUAUCUUGUCCCAUGGACCUGAAGAACUUUCCAAUGGAUGUUCAAACAUGUACAAUGCAGCUGGAGAGUUUUGGGUACACCAUGAAUGACCUGAUAUUUGAGUGGUUAAGUGAUGGUCCCGUGCAAGUGGCUGAAGGACUUACCCUGCCCCAAUUUAUUUUGAAAGAAGAAAAGGAGCUUGGCUACUGCACAAAGCAUUACAACACUGGCAAGUUUACCUGCAUUGAGGUCAAGUUUCACCUGGAACGCCAGAUGGGAUAUUAUUUGAUCCAGAUGUACAUACCAAGCCUUUUGAUAGUCAUCUUGUCCUGGGUCUCCUUUUGGAUAAACAUGGAUGCGGCCCCUGCCAGGGUUGCUCUUGGCAUCACAACAGUCCUGACAAUGACUACCCAGAGUUCAGGGUCCAGGGCAUCUCUGCCAAAG